AUGGCCCGAGAAUCCCACAAAAACUUCGCCAACACCGGCUUCCGCAGCCACGACACCAACACACUCCGCUUCACCGACUCCACAAAAGGCGGCACUGCCACCUCCACUUCCUCAGUCACAUCAGAAGACCCCCUCGACUUCCUCGACACCAUCCCCCCAGAGGAGCUAGAGCCCCCCUCCUCCCCCUUCAACCUCGACCUCAACUCCUCGCACUGGAUCACCGCCGGCUGGAUCCUCGCCGUCGUCAUCUUCCUCGCCAGCCUACUAUACAGCUACAGACCCAACAUCCGGCUGCACUUCCCCCUCGCCGCCUGCGGCUACCGCACGGACCACUUCUCCUUCCUCGGCGACACGCCCGCCGAGAUCCUGGGCUUCAGCAAGGAGGCCGUCAAGCUCUACGACAUCACCAUCGCCGCUCGCGCGCCCAAUGUCACGGCCUCGUUCGAUGACUUGCGCCAGCUCAUCGUCGAGCGCCACGCGGCGCUCGAGGCGUUCUGGUUCCCGCUCGUCUCGCGGCCCGACACUAAGAGCGGGCUGAAGGACGCGCAGGUGGAGUGGAUUGUGGAGAGGCUGGACAAGGCGAAGGCGGAGUUGCUGAAGCAUGUUAACGCCGUGGCGGCCGCGAGGGGAGGGUGGCACAUCCCUUUCCACACGCCGGUGACGCGGCAGUUGACGGAGGAUGAACUGCAGAUUGCGGCACGUGAGGGCAUGCCGGAGGAGUGGUUGGAGCAGGAAAGGGAGAGGUCGAAGGCGGCAAGGGAGGGGUGGUUCCACUCGCGGCCGAUGGCGGGGCCGUUGACAGAGGAGGAGUUUUUGGCGGAGCAAAGAGCGAAGUUCGUGCGGCCCUUGGCCCAGGAAAAUUGGCUGGCGGGAAGGAACUCGAAGCCUGAGGGGUUGAAAACGAGGCCGGUGGGAACGUAG